AAGACAUUUGCCGAUUGGGGCGUCGAUAUGGUUAAAGUGGACGCGUGUUUCACUCCCGUUCACACUCUAGACAAAGGGUUUGAGGACUUUAGCCAAACACUGAACCAAACGGGUCGGGCAAUGGUGUACUCGUGCAGUUGGCCGUACUAUCAGUUGCACACUUCGCAAGUGAUUCCUAACUGGAAUCUCAUCGCCGAUAAGUGCAAUAUUUGGCGCACAUAUCAUGACAUUCACACCAAUUGGAAAGAUAUUUUGGCCACAAUUGACUUCGUGGGCGACAAUCAGGAGAUAUUCAACCGUAAUGUAGGCCCCGGAAGGUUCAAUGAUCCCGAUAUGGUCUGUAUUCAGGCAUUUCUAUUGAUUGGUAACGAAGGCCUAACAGUGGACCAGUCGAGGGUCCAAAUGGGCAUUUGGUCCAUAAUCGCCGCCCCAUUAUUCAUGUCCAACGACUUGAGACAUAUCGGCCGUGAAUUCAAAGACAUUUUGCUAAACAGGGAUGUGAUUGGUGUGAAUCAGGACCGUAUGGCCCGACCGGGCGUUCGGGUCUUUCACAACGAAACUCUUGACAUUUGGUUGCGUCCGAUAUUACCGGAGAGGAAGGACACAACCGGUGACCAGACGUCAUAUGCCGUGGCGUUUGUGAACCGACGCACCGAUAGUGCCAUUAGUAUUGGCGUCCGAUUACAAGAAUUGGGACUCAAAUACAAGUAUUUGUUUCGCGAUUUAUUUGACACCGAAAACAAUGUUUGGGAACCGAAAGCAAUGACCGGAACCGACGAAAUACACGUAACCAUACCUUCGACUGGCAUUCGGCUCUUCAAAGCAGAACUCGAUAUCUCUUCUCAAUCUCAAGACAAACAGUUAUAA